UUUGAUUGGUUCGUCAACGGAACGAAGCCGUGGUGGAUCACAGUGGGAGUGUUUUGCACCAUACGAGACUCGUGUCUAAACAGCAGAGAAGGGACGUAGUCAGAAUAAGAAAAUGAAAAGAAAGAGAGACAAGAAGAGGAAGAGCGUUGAAGAGAAGGAGUGUCGGUAAGAAGGAGCCGCCGUCCCAUGUCACAUAGGCAUGCAGAGAGGUGUCUAAUGGCCUCCAGGCCAAAACCGUCCCUGUGAGAAUGGAGUCUUAGAAGGGAACAAAAGAGUUUUGCACAGAGCAUGGCCUCGGCCAAAGAUGACGGCGGGAGUGAACGACUGGCACACAUUAAACAGGAGGACUGUGAGUGGGGUACAGCAGAGGAAUUGUAUGCGAAGGUGGAGGACUCUGAAGGAAGAAUCUCGGUUUUUAAACAGGAGGAGUGCUUCAAACAAGAGUUUUGUGAAGAAUCUCAUUCAAGUUUACGGCAUUGGGUUACUAAUAUGGGACAGCUGGCUACCCAACAAAAUUCUUUGAAACUGAAAUCGGAGUUCUCUGAGCUUGAAGAGAAAAUCAAUGAAGGAAAUGGGAGAGAAGAAGGAAAGAAGCAGCAACCAUCUAGGAAUGUGAAAAUGAAUUUUCAAGAAUGUGGCAACUUCUUCCCGUCUUCAUCUGCUGAGAUGUCUCUUCAGUGCACACUGCAACACACACAGGAAAACGAGAAAAUGAAGAAGAAUUCAACAAGAGGAUCAGAAACUUUAACAUCAGCUUCCUUCCGGUGUAGUUCUCUUCCUGCAAGAGAAACCAUCGAUACUGAAGAACAACAAUGGCAUAGCACAGACCAAGAGGCCUUGUACACUGCCGGAGCAUUUGGACAAACCUUUAAAAACAAAUCUGACUGUAAAGAUCUCAAGUUGAAUCAAAAAAGACCAAAGCCAUAUUGCUGCACUAAGUGUGGAAAACAAUUCACUAUCAGUUGCAAUCUUCAGAGGCACAUGAGAAUCCAUACUGGAAAAAAUAUGCAUUGCUGCUCUGAAAGUGGCAAACGACUUUGUGACAGUCUUGCUCUCCAAAGACAGAACAGAAUCCACACUGGAGAAAAGCCAUACGGCUGUACAGAGUGUGGAAAAAGAUUCAACAAAAGAUGCCAUCUUCAGAGCCACACAAGAAUUCACACUGGAGAAAAGCCAUAUGGAUGUUCUGAAUGUGGUAAAAGAUUCACAGAGAGUAGCACCCUUCAGAGGCACAAAAUACUUCAUACUGGAGAGAAGCCAUACUGCUGCUCUGAAUGUGGCAAACGAUUCACCAUCAUUAGCCUUCUUCAGAGCCACACAAGAAUUCAUACUGGGGAGAAGCCAUAUUGCUGCUGUGAAUGUGACAAAAGCUUUCCUGACAGUCGUGGUCUCCAAAGACAUACAAGAUUCCACACUGGCGAAGAACCAAAUGGCUGUGUUGAAUGUGGCAAAAGAUUCAUCGAAAGUUGCCUUCUUCAGGGUCACACGAGAAUUCAUACUGGUGAGAAACCAUAUUGCUGUUCUGAAUGUGGGAAACGACUUUCUGACAUUUACAGUCUCCAAAGGCAUAAAAGAAUGCACACUGGAGAAAAGCUGUAUGGCUGUACUGAAUGUGGUAAACGCUUUACUGACAGUAGCCAUCUUCAGGCACACACACGAAUUCAUACUGGAGAAAGGCCCUUCUGCUGCUCUGAAUGUAGCAAAAGAUUUUCUGACAGUUCCAGUCUCCAAAGACAUACAAGAAUCCAUACAGGAGAAAAACCCUAUGGCUGUGCUGAAUGUGGUAAAAGGUUCACUGUAAGUAGCAGUCUUCAGAAGCACAAAGUCAUUCAUACUGGAGAGAAGCCAUAUGGCUGUUCUGAAUGUGACAAACAAUUCUCUAGAAGCAGCAGUCUUCAGCGUCACCUAAGAAUUCAUAAAGGGUGCAAACUUAAGGGAGUAAUAAAUGAAGUAGUGCAAGAGAACCCUUGUGACUGAAGAGUGAGGUUUACUCCUGUCUUGUUAGUAAGCACACCAAGAAAUUUAAAGAAAUGAACCCUGAGAAAAGCCUAAAGGCAAAAGACUUUUACAUAAGGAAAGCCUUCUGUAUUACAUAAGAACAUACACUGGAGGGAAGCCAUAUGGCUGUGUAAUAAGCCAAGUUCAGUGGCUGUUGAAAUAAAGCAAAUAUAGAGAGAGACACUUGGCUUGUCACAGACAUUGGGGAAAAAUAUUGGAGAAAUAAAGUUUUUAUUUACCUGUUUUAGCGCCCCCUUCUUAGAUUAACACGGCAGUUUGAGAAGGUACUGGUCCACUCCAUGCUCCUUCUUCACAUCAGGAAGCCUCUGGAACCCCACACCAUCGAUAAUUAUGACCGAAUGAGCUAACUAAUGGGGACAAAUCACA